AGUCUAUAUGAGCAUGCGUCGUGAGUACAAGAUGGUGGAUUUCAGUUAUUACGCAGAAUGUGAAAAUGAGUUCGAGAGAUGAGCCUUGAGACUCAAGGCUGAAGGCUGAACGUGACCAUUAUCGGGUAUUAUUGAAGUAAUCGGAGAGAUAUAGCGGAUUCAUGAUAAAGUGCGCAUAAAAGGAGAUGGCAUUGUUCCGGGCAUUGCCCGCCGGAAUCGGCACGACGUUCAAGAUUAUUUCACGGAGCGUUCCGGCCGUGUUCUAUCACGCAAACGUAAUAGAUCACUACGAAAAUCCCAGAAAUGUUGGUUCCUUGGAUAAGAAUGAUGAACAUGUUGGAACAGGUCUUGUAGGAGCACCGGCUUGUGGUGAUGUGAUGAAACUUCAGAUCAAGGUUGAUGAAGAGGGCAAGAUAAUUGAUGCAAAAUUCAAGACUUUUGGUUGUGGUUCUGCUAUUGCUUCAAGUUCUUUAGUAACAGAAUGGGUUAAAGGAAAAACAGUGGAUGAAGCAUUGGCAUUAAAAAAUACUGACAUUGCAAAAGAGCUUUGCCUUCCGCCUGUCAAGCUACACUGUUCGAUGCUUGCCGAAGACGCAAUUAAGGCUGCUCUGUCAGAUUACCGCAUCAAACAACAGUCAAAGAUUGAAGAGACGAAAUAAUGAGACUCGAAUCUAUAUAAUAAUUGCUUUCCAUUUACAUACAAGUGGAACUGAGUUUGAGCUAUUUCAUAUUCAGAUUAAUGAUGUCAUUAUUUGCUUAAAAAGUUGUCACAUGACAACAUAGGUUCAUAACUUUAUAUUUAAAGUGAGUUUACGAGAUUCACUAAAAUACACGGUCUCUUAUGUAGAUAUAGUAAAAACUCAAUUAAAUCUCACUUGUCAAAAUACAAAAGAAAGGCAGAUUCAACUAAGUUAUGACAUUCUCACAAGUGAAAAUUAUCAGAGAACAUAAAUGGAAAGCAAUUAAUAUAUAUAUUUAUAUCGAAAUAUAUGUAUAAUUCGUAAAACUCGUGCUUUGUGCGCGUAUUUUUUAGUCUUUCUCCGUAAUGAAGAAUAGAAAAAUAUAAUAUUGUGAUAACAGCAUUAGCCAACAGCGAUCUACUUGAAAAUAUAUAUGUAUAUAACGAAAAAA